CAGAGGUAGCAGCGGAUGUUUACAGCGGCUGAGGUCGGUCCGAAGCGACAGAAGCGUCCGAAGAACUGCUCUCCGAGACUAAAUCCAAGGGCUGCUGAGCGCCGAGGUUUUUAUAUAAUCCAUGUUGGCCUGGAACUUACUGAAGAUGACCUUGAACUCCUGAACAGGAGCUGCUUCUACUAAUCUGCGGUUUGGUAGUCUUUACUUCAGCAGUUUUUAUCAGCAUCACCAGCUUUUAAGAAAUAAAGCCAUUAGUUUGGAAAAGUCACCUGAGUCUUGCUUGGUUGUACUCUUGAACAUGGGCGGUGCUGUGAGUGCUGGUGAGGACAACGAUGAGCUCAUUGAUAAUUUGAAGGAAGCCCAAUACAUCCGGACUGACUUAGUAGAGCAGGCUUUCCGAGCUAUUGAUCGAGCAGAUUAUUAUCUUGAAGAAUUUAAAGAAAAUGCAUACAAAGACUUGGCAUGGAAACAUGGAAACAUUCAUCUCUCAGCCCCGUGCAUCUACUCGGAGGUGAUGGAGGCUCUGGAUCUGCAGCCUGGGCUCUCAUUUCUGAAUUUGGGCAGUGGUACUGGCUACCUCAGCUCCAUGGUGGGGCUCAUUCUAGGUCCUUUUGGUGUGAACCAUGGGGUGGAGCUUCAUUCAGAUGUGACUGAGUAUGCGAAGCAAAAACUGGAUGUCUUCAUCAGAACAAGUGACAGUUUUGAUAAAUUUGACUUCUGUGAACCUUCCUUUGUAACUGGCAAUUGCCUGGAGAUUGCUCCAGAUUGUUGUCAGUAUGAUCGAGUUUAUUGUGGGGCUGGUGUGCAGAAAGAACAUGAAGAGUACAUGAAAAAUCUUCUCAAAGUUGGAGGGAUCCUUGUCAUGCCCUUGGAAGAGAAGUUGACCAAGAUAACACGCAUAGGCCCUUCUGCUUGGGAAACAAAAAAGAUUCUGGCUGUUUCCUUUGCCCCUCUGGUCCAGCCUUGCCGUUCGGAGUCAGGACAGUCCAGACUUGUCCAGCUACCACCACCAGCCGUUCGAAGUCUACAGGACCUGGCCCGGCUUGCUAUCCGUGGCAGCAUCAAGAGGGCUAUGCGCCAGGAAGCCACCAGAGGAGGUGGCCUGAAGAGCACACCUAUGUUUAAAAGAAGGCGAGUCCGUCGCCGCAGAAUGGAGACCAUUGUCUUUUUGGACAAAGAGGUUUUUGCCAGUCGAAUUUCCAACCCCUCUGAUGACACCAGCUGUGAGGAUGCAGAGGAGGAUCGUCGGGAAGUGGCAGAGAGGACCUUACGGGAAGCCAAGCCUGAGCCACCAGUGAACUUCCUUCGUCAGAGGGUAUUGCGCCUCCCAUUGCCUGACCCCCUGAAGUACUACCUGCUGUAUUACAGGGAAAAGUGAGCAGAAUAGAGAGAGUGGGACCAGGAUACCCAGAGGAAACUGCUGGCCAGGUACAUGUCUUUUCCCUUUCUUGGUUCCUGUCUGUCCUCUAAAACUUUCCAUGUAAUAGUGUGAUUUAUUUAAGCACAGUCUAACAAGAAACUGCAUAGAAUUAUUUUCCUUGAUGGUGGGGUAUGGUGUGCAUCUUUUUGGCUCUACUGUAUGUAACUCAUUAGGAACUGCAUGAUGUCUGCUCCUUAGGCAGGCACUUUCACAUUGAGACUUGAACUAAAUUGGAUUGGAUCCUGUGUGAAACAAGGGGCAAAUCUGUAAAGGUGUGACAUACCACCACUCAGCUUGAAUUUUAUGUGAUGGUUCUAUUGCUGGUAUUGAGUUCUUGUGACUUUUGCCUUUUUCUAGGUUGGGAAAUGUUGAAAAUCCUCCCUUAUUUAAAUCAAAAUAAUCAAAUAUUAUGUGAAAUAUCAACCAUAAUUUUUUAAAGAAGAAGAAAAUGAGAUAGAAGGAGGGAUAACUUACAGAACUGCCAGAUGUCUUUCAGGAAUUUCCAAAGACUUCCAAGCAGUUGAUCCUCCCGUGAUUUCUUCUGAUACUUUAUAGGAGCCACCAUCAAGUAAUCUCUUUUUCUGAGAGGAAAAGUUUAUCCUGAACCAUAGCAGUGAUUCAUGAGUCACUGAACUACAAAGACCAGAGCAGUUCUGAGGUAUUUACAUGGGAAUUUUCAGUGCAGGUAGAGAGACUGCAGUGUUACAGAAAGCCCAUGCUUCUUGACGUCUUUGAUCAUAUUAGAGUACCAGGUCAUAGAUUUUUAUCUUUUAUAAUUCUGGAGAAAAAAAUUGUUAGUUUUGUAAAUUUUCUUAAGAACAGAAAAAUGUAUUUUACUAGCUCCAUUGCAUUAGAGCAGUUUAACUUAGUGACUUGUGAAAUCUAUUAUCUCCAGGCCAUGGGUGUUGAGAACUAUCAAGUUUUUUUGUUUUGUUGGGUUUUUUUUUUUGUUGUUGUUGUUGUUGUUGUUGUUGUUUCAAAAAAAGCAACCUUUCUGGCUGUCAGAGGACAGGACUUGAAGUUACAUUGCUGAUUCCAAAAGCUGGCUCUUAAUAAUUUUUUUUCUAGCCCAAAGUAAAGAAUAGUGUUAAUUGUUAGUAAUAAGCCCAAAUUAGAGUAUUAAUUUAGGAUUAAGUACUGAGAUUUUAUGAUUUACUUUUAGCUUAGCCUCAUGUGACUUACAGGGAGAAAUUUGAUAGUUCUGUGAUUUCUCCAGCUUAAAUGGAUAUUUUGGUUCUUCUUUUUUUGUUUUUUUUUUUU